AGUCAAAGCCUGCUUCUAAUUGGUAAGCUAUAAUUUAUAGCUAAGACUCAAGACAAGCUAUUCCUUUUAGUCCUAAUCAAACCCGUCGAGACCUCAAUUCAAAACUUCUUCUUUCUUCGGCUUUGCGUUCAUUUUCUUUCUCUUUAACUUUUUUCAUCGAUUAGUUUCUCUAGGUUUCAUCUCAUACUGAGAGACAAAGAAGAGACUGGAGAACUGAGGGUGAUACAGAGAGAUAGGGACUGGGACAAGAGCUGAAUUCGAGGUUUAGAGUGAGAAAGCAGAGUUGGUCGCUCCCUAAAUCUUCUUUAAAGUGAGAAUUUGAUUGGUUUGGGUCUUCUUUUUGAGAGAGAAAUUUGAAUUGGGUAGUGGGUAGAGUGUGGUUUUGUAGAUUAAUCAAUUAAGUUCCUUAUCGAAUUGGGGGAAAAUUCUUCAGUUUAGAGUAAGAUUUGAAUCUUCUGCUAAUUUAUGUAUUUGAGGUUAAGAACCUUCAAUUGGGUAGAGUGAGAAUUUUGUUUAGGUUCCUAAUUUUAAAGAAGAUCAGAAACUUGGAGAAAGAAUUCCAUAUAUAUAUAUAUAUAUAUAUACUUUAAUGUUGAGUGCGUUCUUCAAGAUCUAUUGGGAGUAUGGCCGUGAGUUCUGUGCCUGAAGUUGCUCAAAACGUUGGUCGAAUAAGGUACCCAGACAUUUCCGAAGUGAUGGCUAGUAGUGAGGGAGAGAUUGUACAGGAACUCACAGAAAGAGUGAUAGAAGAUACAAUAUAUGUUGCAGUGGGAAAAGAUGUGAAAGAGAACAAAUCAGUCUUGAUAUGGGCACUUCAGAACUCAGGAGGGAAGAAGAUUUGCAUACUUCAUGUUCAUGUGCCUGCGCAGACGAUACCCCUGAUGGGUACAAGGUUUCCAGCAAACUCAUUGAAGGAUCAGGAAGUCAGAGCAUAUCGUGAAAUUGAAAGGCAAAAGAUGCACAGGAGUCUAGAUGAUUACCUUUUUAUUUGUGAUCGAAUGGGGGUACAAGCAGAGAAGCUACAUGCAGAGAUGGAGUGCAUUGAAAAGGGAAUUGUUGACCUCAUCACCAAGCACAAGAUUAUGAAUCUUGUUAUGGGAGCAGCAGCGGACAAGUACUAUUCAAGGAAAAUGAUGGACCUGAAGUCAAAGAAAGCCAUUUUUGUGUGCCAACAAGCACCUGGUUCCUGCCAUAUGCAUUUUACUUGCAAGGGGCACCUCAUCCGUACGAGGAGAAGUAAUUUAGGUGGAGCUGAUAUUGAGAUAAGAUCUUUCUCAGUGCAACCAAUCCCAAUCACUGAGACGGGACAAUCCAACAACUUGAGAUCUCAGUCUGUUAACCUGGAACAGAAUUAUCAAGCAACAUUCACAAGUCAAGUUCAAGAUCCAUAUCGCAGGGCAAGAUCAGCAAAUAAUAUGAGAAUUGGCGGGAUGUUGACAGAUAUUUCUUCCCUGGAUGGUUCCGAAGGACUGUCAACGCCUAGGAGCAGAAAGGAUGCAGAAGGAAGUGAAUGGGAUAUUGUACCAAGGACUCCAGGUUCAGGUUAUUCAACAUGUUCCUCCACUCCAGUGAUGGAUGUAACUUUGGUUCCAUUUGUGAGUAAUGGAGGGAGUGACACUGGGUUGGACCUAACUGCACUUCCUCACUCGAAAGAAGCUCUUACUCAUUCAUCCCCUCCAAGCGUAUUGGAUGGAAGUAUAGAUGAAACUCUUUAUGAUCAUCUUGAACGAGCAUUUUCUGAGGCUGAAAAUGCCAAGCGGGAAGCAUUUCAGGAGGCAGUUAGGCGUGGGAAAGCUGAAAAGGAUGCUAUUGAUGCUAUACGCAGGGCAAAAGCAUCGGAGACCUUAUAUGCUGAGGAAUUAAAACAUAGGAAAGCAGUUGAGGAAGCAGUUGCAAAGGAGAAAGAGGAACUUGAUAAAGUAAAGAACCAGCGAAAUGAAGUCAUGGAAGAACUUCGUGCAGCCCAAGAUCAAAAAUCAUUAAUGGAGAGCCAAAUUGCAGAGUCUGAUGAGAUGGUAAAGAAAUUGGAGGAGAAGAUUAUUUCAGCAGUGGAGCUAUUACAGAGUUACAAAAAGGAACGAGAUGAGUUGCAGAUUGAGCGUAACAAUGCACUGAAAGAGGCUGAGGAGCUGAGGAGAAACCAAGGAGAGGGAACAAGCACACACAUUCCCCAAUUCUUCUCUGAGUUCUCAUUCUCAGAAAUUGAGGAAUCCACUAAUAACUUUAAUCCAUCCUUGAAGAUCGGAGAAGGAGGGUAUGGAAGCAUUUAUAGGGGUCUCUUGCGUCAUACGCAGGUAGCUAUAAAAAUGCUACACGCUCAUAGCAUGCAGGGCCCCACAGAAUUUCAGCAGGAGGUUGAUGUGUUGAGUAAGUUGAGACAUCCCAAUCUUGUCACACUCAUUGGAGCAUGCCCAGAAGCAUGGGCUCUCGUAUAUGAAUAUCUCCCCAAUGGAAGUCUUGAAGAUCGACUUUGCUGCAAAGACAAUACCUCACCAUUAUCAUGGCAAACUCGCAUAAGGAUUGCUACAGAGUUGUGUUCUAUCCUCAUCUUUCUUCAUUCCAGCAAACCUCAUGGUAUUGUACACGGUGAUUUGAAACCAGCCAACAUUCUCCUUGAUGCUAACUUCAUUAGCAAACUUAGUGACUUUGGAAUCUGUCGUCUGUUAUCUCAUGGUGAAAGUUCAAGCAACAAUACCACAUUGUGUUGCAGAACUGAUCCAAAGGGCACUUUUGCAUACAUGGAUCCUGAGUUCCUGUCAACAGGAGAGCUUACAUCAAAAUCUGAUGUUUAUUCCUUUGGAAUUAUUCUAUUGCGGCUGUUGACUGGAAAGUCGGCUUUGGGAAUAACAAAGGAAGUACAAUAUGCAUUGGAUCAUGGAAAGCUAAAAAUACUCCUAGAUCCUUUGGCUGGAGACUGGCCAUUUGUACAGGCUGAACAGUUGGCUCGCUUGGCAUUGAGGUGUUGUGAGAUUAACCGAAAGGGUCGAGCAGACCUCGGAUCGGAUGUUUGGAGGGUACUUGAACCAAUGAGGGCUUCAAGUGGUGGCUCAUCAUCGUUCCGGUUGGGUUCUGGAGAGCACUUUCAACCUCCUUCAUAUUUCAUUUGUCCCAUCUUCCAGGAAGUAAUGCAAGAUCCGCAUGUGGCAGCAGACGGCUUUACUUACGAAGCCGAGGCUUUGAGAGGAUGGCUGGAUAGUGGACAUGACACAUCUCCUAUGACAAAUCUUACACUGGAACACCGCAAUCUUGUUCCCAACCAUGCUCUUCGUUCUGCCAUUCAAGAGUGGCUCCAACAACAUUGAUAUCUUUCAACUUUUCAUGUUGUUCUGUUUAUGCUUGGCUUACACGUAGUUUACACACACACACUACACAUACAUCUAUAAUCACAAGUUUCUCCUAUAUACCACUCCUCCUUGGCCAUUGUGGUUUCUCUAAGAACAAUGUUGUGAUGAUUCUCACCCUGUCUGUAUAUAAAAAGAUAAACUCAUUUUUGCUUGUUAA